CUGUGGUAUAUCCAUUGACAACUAACUUGAGCUAACUUCACGUUAGUUUUUAUUGUUGAAAAAAAGUUAGGUUAUGGUUGAUUUGUUAGUUUAAAUUUUUAUUAUUUUUUAAAUAUCCGUACUAUCUCACUGGAAAUGGAUGAAGCAGGCCCGAGUACUAAGGCAGAGAGUAGUGACGAAGAUGAUCCUGUAGUAAAAGAGAUUCCCUUAAUUCAUUCUACAAAGCUAGAAUCAAUUUUGCAUUUAGUUCAGUUCCCCCUUAAAACCAAAUCUUGUCAAAAUGAAAACGUAAUAAAAAAGUGUCUUUAUAAACCAGAAAACAAGGAAUUAAUGCUAGAAAUGUCCAUCAAUACAGAGUCACCAAACUUUGACUCAGGUCGGGCAGAAUUGAUCGCUAAUGAAAUCGACGGAGAUGCAAGUUCAAAAAAUAACAAAAAGCCGUAUUUUGAAAACGAGAUAGUUGAUAAGGUAUUCUUAAAAUCGGUGGGAUGUACUAAAGAUUCUGAAAAUUAUGCUAUUGCAGCUUAUAAUGGACGAGAAGUACAUAUAACUUCUAUAACAGAUGUGUAUCAGCUUAGGCCUUAUUUUCCUUACCUUGACAAAGGUUUAAAGAGAAAAAAGGACAUUUUAAAUAACGCUGAGUCGGAUGAAGAAGAGGCAGGACCUAGUACAGCUAAACAGGUAACUGUUAAAUAUAAACAAGCUGAAGAUCCUGACCAAAAGAAAGUUCGCGAUGCGAACUAUCAAUUGUUGCAAGCAAAAAGGGAGCAAGAAACAUGGACUGAAUGUAACUGGUAUGAUGAAGGCAGCACAGUUAGUGAUGUAGAAAAAUUAAAAUUGAUCUCGGAUAACUUAUAUGAUAUAGGGCAAGCUCAAAAUUUGGGAAUAGAAGAAUAUGUGAAACUGUUGGUGCCCGAAGAUCAAGAGCAUAAACCGUUGGAGCCAACGCUACCUAGUCAUAUUUUAUCGCUGCAUGCUUUGAGAGGGUUGCCUCUUUUAGAACAGUGUAGAUUACUACUUAAAGAAGCUCAAAUAAUACAAUUUCAACAAAUCAUGCUACUGCUUGCCGGUGUUGAAGGAGUAACAGCGGAUGCCUUGUUGAAGAACCUCCAAAAAGUAGCUGUUUUAGUUAUAGGAAACUGGGUAGUAAAGUCAGAGAUUUUGUAUCCAGACAAUAGUUUUUCUGCUACAAGUGGUGUGCCUGCAGAACUAAUGUGUAGAGCUAGAGAUUAUAUUUUAUACUUAUUUACAAAACAUCAAUACGUCGAGCGAAAAAAGGUCUCAUCUUUACUAAAAAUUCCUAGCGAAGAAGUGAAAGAAAUAUUUGCUGGUAUUUCAAAGUUAAGAACGCACAAUAAGGGUUGGGAAUUGUCACUGCCACCAGAUCACGACUUUAUAAACCGGCACUCUGAUUUAGCCCAAAGGCAGAACCUUUACUGGGAACACAGGUACCACCAACUUAGUCUAUUUCUCAAUCAACCCAGUAGACAGAGACGGAAAAGUAAAAGUACGUCGGAGAGCGACGGUGGUGGCAAAACGAGAUUGAGCAGCGUCAGUUGUUCUGAUAAUGAUUCGGGUACAGAAAGCAAAGGCAAGAGUCCUGUUUUAUCGAGAAAAAGAGUGAGACAAGAGAGUUGCGGGCCUGUUACUCAGGUGUCUGUCCCAGUGGACAGCGUGGGAGCGAGUUAAUGUUUAAUAGUUUAUAUAUUAUUGUAAAGAUACCUUUAGGCUGGCCUCACAGUGGAAGCGUCAACAUGCAAUUGUCUGGUUUGGAUAUUUGCGUUGUUCGCAACUUUCUUCAAGUGUUUUCCUCUUGAAAAUAAAAAUGGAUAAGGAACAGCUAAUUGAUUUAGUACGUAAGUGGAAAUAUUUAUGGGAUCAGCGAGAACCGAAUUAUCACUAUCGCAAUUUACACAGGCCCCUUCUGGAACGAAGUGUUUUCCCCAAGACGUUGAAAUUCAUCAAAUUCAUUUCUUUUUUAGUAUCUCAUUCACAUAUGGCUUCCUUCUUCUUUUGCAAAUGAUUCGCCGUCGUAAGAAGGUAUACUCUACAAAAUAUAAAUUCCAAAGAGACAUUUUAACUAUUUGCAACAUCUGGUCGCAGUGUUUUAGCGCACUCACUGUGCGAUCUGAACGCAUGUAUACGCAAGAUUACGAAUUUGGACGGUUCCGCGCAUAUCCGCAACCACUGUGAGAGAAGCUUUACCGUGAUGUUUUUGUAAAAAUAUGUUAUUUUCUUAAUUUAUUGAUAUUUUUGUUUUAAAUUCGCAGUUAUUGUGAACAUAUAGAAGUUGAUAUUUGAUGAGUAUUGAAUUUCAAAUAUAUUUAUAAAAAAAAA